AUGCCGACUACGGUGGAAUGGCUCAAACUACACAUCAUUCAAAUACGACAACUACAACAGAGCGAUGGCUACCACGAAGAUGAGGACGUUUUCAUCUACCUAGGCGACUAUCUCGAUGGAAACCUGACUUCCAAUGAGACUGCAGUAUUAAUAGCUGCGCCUGUGCUGGACGAUCCCAACCCACCCACCAAACUGUAUCGCCUCAUGGGAUUACUGUGCGAAGCCCUGGUAGAGUUGAGCGAUGAGCGUGAGAAGCUGCUAAAUCUUCUCGAAUCCAUCCAGGAACUGCCGCCCGGCGCAAUCAACUGGGCAGUUCUCCCUGGACUUCGGAACAUGUGGAGUGACUUGUAUCGGCCUCAUAUGCGUGGCCUGAACGGCUGGGAGAUAAUAGGAGAGCCAAUACCUGAGGACAAACAAGCUAAAGUACGUCAACAUUAUACCUCGAUUGGUACAGUAGAAGCCAAACUGUACGUUCGAGGGCUCGGCGGCGUAACAGAAAACUGGGGAUACGAGCUGUUGAAUCUGGCCUGCUUGAGGCGUCCGGGGCUCGAGGUCGUCGUAGGCGAGAUACAUGCUUGGCUUACCGUAGCCGGAACAAAGCUGUUGAAAGAUUUGAAUCCAGAGGAGGUGAGAAAUUGGUCAAGGCCUGUACUCGGCGGGCAGCCUGGGCAGCAGCAUGCUGUUCAAGGCACGAUGGCACAGCAUUGGGAGACUUGGCGGCGCACGCUGUUGCAAGUGAGUGAAGAGCAGGAUCUUCUAUCGGCUGAGGCGAGAAAACUUGCAAGAGAGUGUCAUUUGUUGAUGCAGGGGCAUAUAUAG